UCCUCAACUUCUAUCCAUUUGUUUGUAGCGAGCGCCAGCAGUUACCUGCUACCUUUUACGCCAAAAAGAGCGUAGUUGUUUAUCUUACGGCGUGUUGUUUGGUGGAAGCUGCAUUGUUUUGUCUUAUAUUUAAGCUUUGAGCUUGAAACAGAAAAUGCAAGUCGUCUAGCAGUUUUCGAAGUCGCUGGACAGGAAAGAACAGGAAAACGUGCGCUAUCGAUCACAAGUAGUCCGUCAGCUAACGUUAGCCUGCUAGUUUAGGUUAAUUGGCUAACUAUUGUUAGCUCCCCGCGUUUUAGUGCCGAUCUGGUACUGUUCCUCUUCAUUGUUGUACCGGCAGUUUCUUGGUGUUUUUUAGCUGAUGGAGUGUCCCCAUCUGAGCUCAAGCGUAGGUUGUUCCUCUGAUGCCUCCAGGUUCCCUAACGGUACACCGACGUCCUGGUGUUGUAAUGUUUGCAGGUCUAAUAAAAGUCCUUGGAUUUGUCUUACUUGUCUGAUGGUCCACUGUGGACGAUAUGUCAGUGGUCAUGCAAAGAAACACUUUGAGGAGAGCCAUGGCCUCGGUGUUUGUCAAAGAAGGGGUGAAAAACUGGAGAAGGAUAAAAMCCCUCAUUCUGUCUGCAUGGACUGCUGCAACCACAGUGUAUUUUGUUACAGGUGCGAUGAUUUUGUUGUCAACGACACCAAACUCGGGCAUGUGCAGAAAGUGAGGGAACACCUUCAGAGUUUAGAAAAUUCACUGGUUCUGGGCGACAGACAGAGGAAAAGAAAAUUCCAGGAAAGCGCAGCUGGAGAUGCAAAGUUGCUAAAAGACAAUGACGGGGUGGCAAUAGGUGCAACUGGUUUGAGGAACCUGGGCAACACGUGCUUCAUGAAUGCCAUUCUGCAGUCCCUCAGCAACAUCGAGCAGUUCAGCUGUUACUUCAAGGAGCUGCCUGCAGUGGCUCUACGCAGCGGUAAGACGGCAGGAAGACGGAUGUACCACACCCGCAGCCAAGGGGACAACAGUGUUUCUUUGGUGGAGGAGUUCAGGAAAACUCUUUGCUCCCUGUGGCAAGGAAACCAAACGGCCUUCAGUCCAGACUCCUUAUUUUAUACCAUCUGGAAAAUCAUGCCAAGUUUCAGAGGCUAUCAGCAGCAGGACGCCCAUGAAUUCAUGCGUUACCUGCUGGACCAUCUCCACAGGGAGCUGCAGUACAGUCGAAACGGGGCGUCCCACCCAGUACCGCCUCAGGAUGGAGGCAGGAUCUCCAACUCAGACGGCAAAUGUUUCGUAAAUGGGCCUUCCAGUGUUGUCACAUCUAUUUUUGGAGGCGUACUUCAGAAUGAAGUCAACUGCCUGAUAUGUGGGACAGAAUCCCGCAAGUUUGAUCCAUUUCUUGAUCUGUCUUUAGACAUUCCCAGUCAGUUCAGACAAAAGAGAAGUAAGGACCAGGAACCAGGCCCGACAUGCACUUUACGGGACUGCUUACGCAGCUUUACUGACCUGGAAGAACUUGAUGAAACUGAGCUGUAUUAUUGCCAUAAAUGUAAAAAACGCCAGAAAUCGACCAAGAAGUUCUGGAUCCAGAAGCUGCCAAAAGUUUUGUGUUUGCAUCUAAAACGGUUCCACUGGACGGCCUUUUUGAGAAACAAGGUGGAUACUUACGUAGAGUUUCCCCUGAAGGACCUGGACAUGAGGGGUUACUUGCUUGAGCCGGAGAAUUCAUUGCCAGGAAGUUGCCUGUAUGACCUCGUGGCAGUUGUGGUGCAUCAUGGAUCGGGGGUUGGAUCAGGGCAUUACACAGCAUACGGCAGCCACGAGGGCCGCUGGUACCACUUCAAUGACAGCACAGUGACUCUGACCAGUGAAGACGCAGUGAGGAAGGCAAAGGCCUACAUCCUCUUCUACGUGGAGAGGACUGGCCAAGCGGACGGGGACAAGCUUACCACCGACAGCGCAGCUACAAAUACGCCCGACGUGGACGCUGCAGCCACAGCCGGUGUUUUGUCAGAAGUAGUUUCUCAGGACAACGUCGCCGCAGACGCCCCAGAAAUGGAGCUGACGGACGGAGCAGCCACACAAAUAGAKGCGUCUGGUGAAAAAGCCCAAGAAAACGCAGGUGUAAACACAGCUGCACUGAACGAGGCUGACAAGGAGGCCGUGACAGACAGAGAUACCUCAGAGGAGACCGGGUCAGAAGAAGCUCUCUGAGCUUUAGAACCUGUUGGCCGUGAUCCGGUUAGAUUUUACUGCCUCAGAUUAGCUCGGCACUUCAUUUUGGUUCCACCUCAGUCAUGUGAUAAGUCAUGAUGCUUGAUUAUUAUUAUUAUMUCUCUUUUUUCCCCAUUUAAUGUUUGCCAUCAGUCUUCCCUUUGACUUUUUUAUCAUUGUUUGAAUUUUGUCUUUUACUUUUCUUCAUGUAUUCCUCCGUAAGAGACUCUGUAACAGACUCCAGUUCUUGUUUAAAGGAUAAAAGAAAAUCAUAAAGCGUCAGAAACGUCAGAUGGUCACUGUUCAAUGAACUGAUACUUUGUGACAGCUGUGUUGUUGUUUUAAAUAUUGGGCAUUUCARUUAUUUUAUUUGGCAUCUUUUUAUAAAUGAUUUCCAGUUACAAUGUUAAGAAAAAAACAUCUUUGACUUUUAAAGUGCUCAUUUGCUUUACUUGAAGAAACUGUAAAAGUUUUGAUCACUUAAAAAAAGAUUUUGGUCUGCAUUAAUGGCGCAGCAUCUUUUAACAUGUUAAAUCGAUUUUAUGAUGGGACCCCAGUGAUGUUAACUUUUGAAGCAUGUAUCAGCCAAUGUUGCCAUGUCAGAAUACAAAAGAGACUUUUUGAUUCCUA